AUGGCCCUCCUGCCGCGCAUCGUGCGAGCCUCGCCGACCGAAGCACUGGCUGCCCGCCUGCGAAGCGCGUCAUGCUUGCCCGUGCGCUCCUGUAGGCUGUACGCGACUCCCCACGGCCUCGGCGCGUCGCCCAAGAGCUCCACCAACCGGCGCCAGGUCACUGUCGCCAACGACAAUGGCCAUGUGCGCUGGGGCGAUCUCACCGCCACCGAGAAGGUCGCCCGCUCGACGCAGCAGUCGUUCAAUUUCCUGGUCGUCAUCGCCGGCGUCCUUGCAACCGGCGCCGUUGGCUACGUCAUCUAUUCCGAAGUCCUCUCCCCCGAAGGCACUACAAACCAAUACCACCGCGCCCUGAAGAGGAUCAAGGAGGACCCCAAGUGCGUGGAGCUGCUUGGCGACCCCAAGAAAAUCGUGGCACACGGCGAAGUGUUUCACAGCCGCAUGGCGAGAGCUUGGUCGAUAACCUCGAAGAAAGAAAAGGAUCGUGCUGGCAACGAGCAUCUCUACCUCCGCUUCUACGUUGAUGGCCCGCUCAACAGGGGGACAGUCUUCUUGCACAUGAUCCAACGACCAGGCGAACAGGAGCUCGAUUAUCAGUCAUUGACGCUCGACGUUCCAGGCCACAAGCGCAUUGUUCUCGAGGAUGACAGCUGGUCUCCCCUCAAGAAAAAGUCUGGCAAGCUCUUUGGUGUCCGUUGGUGGUAG